GAUUUCGCCUUGACAUAAUUAUCUAAUGUUUUGCAUAUAAACUAAUACAAGUCUACUUCCUCAAUAUAUAAAACCAACUUAAGGACAGACUAUUUCGGCUACGAGUUCAUAAAAGCGAUAUACUUAUAAAUCGAACAAAUUAUGUAAUGUGUAACUGGUAUUUAAUAAACACCGGGUGUACAUUAAAUAACUAAAUAGAAUUAGUUUGCAACAACAGUCCUGACCAGACAAACGUUACAGUUGUGCUUGUUUAAAUCCAUUAUAAGAAAAAGAGACAAGAUGUCUGUGUCUGUUGUCUUAAAGAAUGUCUGUCAAAAAACUGGGGAAGCGCCUCACUGGGAGGAAAGCACCAAAUCCUUGCUGUUUCUGGAUAUUGAACCUGGAGGUAUACACAAGUGGAAUUCCGUGGGCAACACACACACCAAGUGUGAAGUUGAUGGAAAUAUAAGCUUCAUUGUUCCUCGGGAAUCUGGUGGUUAUGUUGUAUCCAACUACUCGAAACUCUGUCAUUUUGACUGGGGGAGUCGAGAAGUAAAACCGUUCCUCACAGCAGAUCCAGAUAAGCCAGGGAAUCGAUUCAAUGAUGGUAAAUGCGACAGCUAUGGCCGACUUUUGGCAGGUACAAUGAAGGAAUUCAAAGGUAUUCUAGAAAUAACUGAAGCUGGACAUUUGUACCGAAUUGAUAAGGAUUUAUCAAUCCAUGCCAUUAAAGACAAGACCAAUAUAUCUAAUGGCAUGGCAUGGACAGCAGAUGACAAAACCAUGUUCUACACCCAUACUCUUCCUAAAAAAGUAUUUUCAUAUGACUAUGAUAUUUCUACAGGGGAAAUGUCCAGAGAACAAGUGGUUAUUGAUUUUGAAGGCAAAGAACUCCAUGAAUUUGGGAUGCCAGAUGGAAUGACAAUUGAUUUAAAUGACAAAAUAUGGCUAGCUGGCCAUUAUGGUAGCCAAGUAUUCCAGAUUGACCCAGAAACAGGCAAAAUUCUGACAUCAAUUAAGUUUCCUGCGAGUCAAAUCACUUCCUGUUGUUUUGGAGGUCCAAACUAUGAUGAACUCUUUGUGACCUCAAGUGCUUAUUGCUUAACCGAAAAACAGUUGCAGAAUGAAGAGAAAUUGGCUGGGAGUCUUUUCAAGGUUACUGGGUCGGGGGCCAAAGGUAAAGCAGCCCCUAACUUUCAGGGAUAGUCUACAACAGUGCUUCUCAAACUAUCGCAUGUGGUGUACUGACAGUUUUUGUUUUUUUCCCCAAUGUGCCAGGGACCGGUUAAUAUUUCUUAGUAAUAUUAAUUUAUACC